AUGCGUGUAUUUAACCUUUUUCGUUCUCGCAACUUCAAACAGUAUCCAGGUGUACACCAGAGAAAUACCUCGAAUCUAGACGCUCCAAGCGGUCCACGUCAGUUCCCAGAUAGCACUCUCGUAAAUAACAGGAAGAGCAAUGUUAGCAUUAGCAGCGUUGGCAAAGACGACUCUUUGAAAAUGUCAAAUAAAUUCCUGGCACCCAAUGAACCUGUCAAAAUUGUGAAUGGUCACUCGUCUCACACUCAAACCAACAACUACUUCUACAAGGACAACGCAAAUCAACAAUUCUCCCUAGAGACUUCGUCGUCGGCGAGCAGUGAUUUCGUUGUUACCUCUUCACCAACACUGACCCCACCGGUCACCGAAUCUGGUCGCUCCUCGAUACUGUCAAGCGGCGCAAAGGGUUUCGCCGAGACCUUUUCCUCAUCGAGCAACGACGAAGAGUCGAGCAUCGAAAAUGGCGAGGGUAGCGCGGACGGUAUAAAAAGUGCGUCGGAUACAAUUUCUUCCUCAUCAAAGCUGACCAUACAAAGUUUGCAGCCCGCAUCAUUCUCUGAAACCUAUUUACCCAUAAUAGAUAACAGUCAUUCAAGGAGUGAGCAUCUUGAUGGUGAGAAAUCGAUCAGCAUGCCCUCAACCCCUUCUGACUCGAACCUACCGGAUUCUUGGUCCUACAAGAAUGAUGAGGCGAAUCACUCGCAAGGCGGUUAUUUGACGCCGAGUUCUCCAACAAAGUUCAAACAUCCCUACUCCUUGUCAACGUCUUCGGUAAAUAAGAUGGACGCCGAACAAUCUCAAUCCGAUUAUCAUAACACCAUAAAACCUUCUUUGCCAACAUCACCAAUCCCUCCGCAGCAAACUGAGAGACUCCUCUAUCACAAAAACUCCCAAUCUGGCGCUUACAAGUAUAGCUACACCUCGAAGCUACGAAAUAAUUCGACCAACCUCAAUCACAAUACGGGUCAGAGGCAUUCGGAUACGGCGCCCAUCGGUCCGAUUCCUACCAGCCCAUUCACAAACAACGGCGAUUACAUGCGGUCACAUAGUUUCGACACGGGUGAUCGGUCUAGGUCCGAUGGUCCUUCAAAUGGUCCUUACGGAAUUCCCGGUGAUCAAAAGUCUCCCACCGCUUCGAUCCCCGCAAAACCCAGUAGCCCUCCGCACAUUCCGAAACGUCGCGGUUCGACGCCAUCAAAGAGCAAACGAAUAGCCUCGCUAUUCAAGAGGUCCAAGGAACAGCAUCCCGAUUACGUGAAAGCACUACAGGCCCUGGAUGCGAUGCGUUUUCAAGAAGCCAUCACGUUGUUCACCAAAGUUCUCGUUCAAUAUCCCACGAGUUAUUCGGUUCGAUGCGACCGCGCAUAUGCUUCCUACCAGGUGGAGGAAUGGGAUCGUUCGCUGAGUGACCUGAACAAUGCCAUCUUAAAGAGACCGAAGAAGCCACGUGCGUAUUCCUUGCGUGGUGAAGUGUACAGACUACUAAGGGACUAUCAAAAGGCGUUGUACGAUUUGAAUAAAGCGUUGAGAUUGCAAAGGAAUGCCUUUUCACUGAGAGCUCGAUCAGAGGUGUUUCAUUCAAUGCGUAGGUACGAGGACGCGCUCAAAGAUUUGAACGAGGCAUUGGAGCUUGAGCCAAUGAAUAUAUACACCCUCACGCGAAGGGCAAAGGUAUACUGUUCGCUCAAUCAAUACGGGAACGCUUUAAAUGACCUGGGCGAAGCGCUGAAAUUUGAUAGCGCCAACGCUCCGUCAAUAUUGGCCAACCGUGGUGAGAUCUACCGAACCAUAGGGAAUUACGAACUGGCUCUCGAAGAUCUAAAUCUCUCGUUGAAAAGUGAGGAGAAUACGAUGGCGUUGGAAAGGCGUGGAAACGUGUAUCGAUCAUUGAACAGAAAUAAAGAAGCGUUGGCAGAUUUCGACCGAAUACUGAGUUUGAACUCACGAAGUUUCUUUGCUCACAAGAAUAAGGCGGAGAUCCUUCACUCAAUGGGAAACCUCGAUGAGGCAUUGACACACAUGAACAUUGCGAUACUGAUAGAACCCACCCAUUUUCCACUUCUGAAGUGCCGAGGGGAAAUCUAUCAAGCACAGAGAGAUUACGAUAAAGCCAUACAGGACUUCAAUUCGGCCUUAAAAAUCAAUCCCAACAGCGCCGAGGUAUUAAGAAAUCGAGGAGAAAUCUAUAGAUUGCUACAGGAUUUUAAUAGUGCACUCGUUGAUUUCACAAAAUCCCUGGAGAUCGAGCCAAAAGACGUUUUCGCGUUGGCCAGACGGGGCGAGGUGUACAGAAUGUUGAAACAAGGCAACAAGGCUCUUCUAGAUCUAGACGAAGCCAUAAAAUUGGAACCCGAUAACGUCAUGGCCCGAGAGAGUCGAGGUGCCGUGAAUCGAACGUUCAGGCGAUACGAAGAGGCCUUGAGGGAUCUGGACGAGGCGAUAUAUCUCAAUCCCGAUUCGAUAUUCGCGCUAACCAAUCGUGGGGCGGUUUACUACAUGCUGAAAAGACACUACGAAUCAUUGAUGGACCUUAAGAAGGCAUUGAAAUUAGAUCCCAAACACAUCUUUGCAUUGGAGACCCGAGGAGCGUUGUAUAAUGCGCUGGGAAGAUUUGAAGAAGGUUUGGUGGACUUGAAUGCAUCUUUAGAAUUGGAUCCCUCCAACGUCUGGGCACUCACUUAUCGUGGUGAGGCAUUUCUGGCGUUGGGAAGAUAUGACGAGGCACUGCGAGACUUGAACAAAGUGCUGGAGGGAUUGCCCGACUGGGGAUAUCCGUUAGCGUUGAGAGGUAUCGUGUAUCGACUAAUGAGAUCUUAUACAAAGGCCACGGUGGACUUGGAUCGAGCAUUGCAAAACAUGAAAGACAAGGCGUUCAACAUUGACUACGAGACAAAAGCGUUGUGCAACAGAGGAGUAGUGCAUCGCACUCUAGGCAAGAAUCAUGAGGCUGUAAGGGACUUUAACAAAGCGUUACUGAGGGAGCCGAAUAAUAUAUUUGCUUUAUGUGAGCGGAGCAAGGUUUAUGAGGCGAUGGGCAGGAAGGAACGGGCGAAGGCUGAUAUAGAAUACAUACUGCAAGUCGAUCCGAGUAAUGAGUACGCGUUAGAGCGAAGUAAGAAAUUUGAGGAACAAACAUGA